AUGCCAACAUUCACUCUCGACGCCAGAGGACAUUUUCAAAAAUUAAAUGAUGGAAAGAUGUUCUCCAAAGUGGAUCUGUCUGACGCUUAUUUACAGAUUAAAGUAAAUGACAAAUGCUCAAAGUAUCUCACAAUAAAUACACAUAGAGGAUUGUACAAAUAUACCCGAUUACUUUUUGGAUUAAAUGUUGCACCGGCAAUAUUUCAGCAAAUCAUGGAUGCUAUGUUAUCUGAUUGUGAAUUUGCAAUCCCGUGUUUGGACAAUAUAUUGAUUAAAAGUAAUUCGGUAAAACCUAUAAAGUUCUUGUAUGAAUUGUUUGGCCCAUACGAUGUUCCAGACACGUUAGUUUCUGAAAAUGGAACGCAAUUUUCGGGAUAUUAA